GGAAUUGUGGGUAAAACCACACACGUUCUUGUUGUUCAAGAUGGUGACGCUUGAAGCCAACGGAGGAGAAGCAAAGAAAGAAACUGAAAAUGGCGAUGAAAAGAAGGAACAGAGCUCUAAAUCCAAACGAGAAGAGAAGUGUUCAAAGAUUCGUCGUAUAUCAGAAGUCAGCAACUCGAGCAAUCAGCAAUGUUUGGUCCAAAGACCUGAUAUGUCAUGGCAUGCUGCUGAAAUAAUCCAGUCCAGACCAGAAGACGAUGGCAAAACAGAAUACUACAUUCAUUACCAUGGCUUCAACAGACGUCUUGAUGAAUGGGUUCCAUCAGAAAGAGUUGACUUGCAACAAACCGAAGAAACUUGCAAAGCAAUUGUUGACGAUAGGUCUGAAGUUGAUGGUCCAGAAAGAAAGCUCACUAGAAAUCAAAAGCGUAAACAUGAUGAGAUCAACCAUGUACAAAAGACAUAUGCUGAAAUGGAUCCUACCACAGCAGCCCUGGAGAAAGAACAUGAAGCAAUAACAAAAAUCAAGUAUAUUGACAAAGCACAGUUUGGUAAAUAUGAGAUUGAUACCUGGUAUUUCUCACCUUACCCUGAAGAAUAUGGCAAAGUGAAUAAACUGUGGAUCUGUGAAUACUGUAUCAAGUACAUGAAAUAUGAAAAGACUUUUAAAGAACAUGCUGCAAAAUGUGGCAUGCACCAGCCUCCUGGUAUAGAAAUAUAUCGCAAGGGAACAAUAUCUGUGUAUGAAGUGGAUGGCAAAGAAUAUAAGCUGUACUGUCAAAACAUAUGCCUUUUAGCAAAACUGUUUCUAGACCACAAGACCCUGUAUUUUGAUGUGGAACCCUUCAUAUUUUAUAUUUUAACUGAAGUUGACAGAGAAGGAGCUCACAUGGUUGGAUAUUUCUCAAAGGAGAAAGAAUCACCAGAUGGAAAUAACAUAGCAUGCAUCCUUACGCUACCUCCAUAUCAAAGAAAAGGUUAUGGAAAGUUCCUAAUUGCAUUUAGCUAUGAGUUGUCAAAAAUUGAGCAAACAGUUGGGUCACCGGAAAAGCCACUUUCAGAUUUAGGAAAGCUCAGUUACAGAAGCUAUUGGUCAUGGGUUUUAUUGGAUAUUCUGAGGAAUUUUAGAGGAACAGUUUCUAUCAAGGAUCUAAGUGCUAUGACAAGCAUCACCCAAGAAGACAUUAUCGGCACCCUUCAAUCACUAAACAUGGUAAAAUAUUGGAAAGGACAGCAUGUCAUAUGUGUGACCCCAAAACUUGUUGAAGAACAUAUAAAAAGCUCUCAGUAUAGGAAACCUGUAUUAACAGUAGAUACAGACUGCCUGAAAUGGACACCACCAGGAAGGAAAGUGAAACGGCAAAAACACUGAACGUUUAGUUUUGUUGAAAAGUUUAUACAGUCAUUUGUUCAUAGCUAUAGUGGUGUUCUCUUUCAACACUUCUUUUCAUAGCACAGAUCCAAAAAUAGUCCCUUUAGACGUGCCUUUGCAUAGAAGCAAGACAAACGGUGAGCUUGCAAUAAUAAAGACCUUUUUUAACACCAUGGACAAUUAUUUACAUGUCUCUAUCAUUGCAAGCCCACGGUUCAUCUUGCUUUGAUGCAAAGGCAUGGCUGCCUUUCAAGAUGGCGCAGGGAACUGUGAAGGGGACUGUUGCAGCAGUGCAAUUUUACUUUAUAAUAAUUACAUUACUAUCCGACUAACAGCAUGUUCUGCUAAAAGUAAGAGGGUUAUACACACAAUCGAAAUAUGGCGACCAAUUUAAGUAACAAUUGUUCUAGACUGACCAGCCUCCUCUCUAUGUGAAAAUGCUUUUGUUUCCACUGGAACACAAGACUAGUGAGUCCCAAACAAUAGUCCUUUAAAUUGGACAGAAUAUUUUGAUUUUUAGUAUGGAUUUCACCAUAUACAUCAAGGACUGUAAAUACUGUACAUUCAUUACUGACUGAAUGACUUGCGAUAUAUUGUUAGGUAGGAACAAACACGAUGUUGGUAGCAUCAACCUCAAGAAACUUUAUCCAGAUAAAAGUAAAUAGGGCGAAUGCAAUCCAAACAUACCUUUCUAGAUUUUUCAUUUUUGCUUUUUUGAAACUAUCAGUUUGCUAAAUGUAAAUGUUGUCUCUAAGAUUUUUUAUCUAGCAAGAUUCAAAGGCAGAUUAUGUGGUUGGAACCCCACAACAUGCUGUCAAUCCCCUUUAUGCUAAAUGACAACAAAAUUGUAUAUAAAAGUAAGUCUCUAAUACUCCAGAAUAUGAAAAAUAUUUGUAAGGGUUAAAAGAAAUAAAAGUUCAUAUUUGUACUCCUGCGA